UAGUUGUAAUUAUAUUUUUAUGUGAAUAAAAUACAAUGCAUAUUGCAAUAAUUGGUGCUGGGAUCGCAGGUUUGCUAUCCUUACAUCAUGCUAUUAAAAAUAAUAUACAGUGCACAGUAUUUGAACAAUCUAAAGAUGUUGGAGGAGUCUGGUUGUACACGGAUAAAGUUGGUACCGACGAAUUUGGAUUACCUGUACACACAAGUUUAUAUGAAGGCUUAAGAUCAAACUUACCAUCACAAUUAAUGAGUAUUCCAGAUUAUCCAAAUAAUAUAACAUCAUACAAUUUUACAUCGUAUCUUAAGCAUGAAGACGUUUUAAAAUAUAUUCAUGACUUCGCUGAUCAUUUCGAUUUACGGAAACAUGUAAAGUUUUAUAAUCACGUAAAAAAAGUUAAACCCAUUGGAAAUAAUCGAUGGGAGUUGACUUCUUUAAAUCUUCUUUCAAAAGAAGAAACACUAUAUCAGUUUGAUGCUGUGAUAAUUGCAACUGGUCCACGUCAUGCACCAAACUAUCCACAUUUAAAGGGAAUUGAAACUUUUAAUGGAAAAAAACUACACAGUCAUGAUUUUCGAAAUCCAAGACCGUUUAAAAAUCAACGAGUAUUACUUAUUGGUGCAGGAUUUUCAGGUUUGGAUUUAACAUAUCAUCUAAGCAAAGUCGCUCAAAAGGUAUUUUUAAGCAACCAUUUGGCUGAUGAUAUCAGUAAAUUUUAUCCAAUUAAUGUCAUAUUAAAACCGGAUGUCGAUCAUGUGGAUAAAUCAAAUAUCCAUUUUAAGGAUGGAACUACAGAAGAAGUCGACUCAAUAUUAUAUUGCACCGGUUACAAACUUACAUUUCCAUUUUUAACUCCUGAAGCAGGCCUAACAUAUGAAAACGAGUAUGUUAAGCCUCUGUAUAAACAGAUAAUUAAUAUUGAACAUCCAACUAUGGCCAUAAUCGGAUUACCGUUCCAUACGGUCAUAUUCAAUUUAUUAGAUUUGCAGACACGUUUUUAUAUUGAAUAUUUAAAAAACCCAUCAAAAUUUCCAAGAAAACAUCAAAUGUAUAUGGAAAAACAGAAAGAUGAGGAAUUACUAAGGAAAAUUGGUAGAAAAAUGCAUAAAUUUCAUCAAUUAGCUGAUUUAAAUGACGCAUAUUUCACAAGUUUAUCAAAAAUUGCACAAAUAAAAAAUAUACGACCGGUAGAUUUUAAAAUAUACGAAGAUCGAUUAAAUAGAGCCAAAUCAGAAUUAGCACAUUAUCGUGGUGACUUGUAUAAUAUUAUUGAUGAUGAAAACUUUACAGUGGUUCGAAGUAAAAUUGAAUUUUAUUGAUUAAGUGUAAUCUGUUACUCAAUGACAAGAGAUAACCUUCAUCGAUUAUUUAUUUUCCCCUGUGAAUGAAUUUUUGGGAAAGUCCAUAAAAUUUAGUUCUAUAAAUUUGUGAC